UAUGCACCUCACUUCCACCUACUCUUCUAAAUGAAAGCUAUUAUUUUUUAUCAUAAAAAAAAAAUGCUUUCCCUAUGAUUCAUGAUCAUGAGAUUUUAUAAAAAAAAUCCCUUCUUUUUAAAAUUAUAUUUUGGAAAAAAAAGAUGAAUUUAGCAUCUACAAGCCAUCAUCAUUGCGGUAGCUGAAGAGGAAACAUUCACAUGAAAGUGUCACUAUUAAUGAGACCCCUUUGAGCUGUUUCUGCUUCUUUUGUCCGUUUUUCAAAAACGGGUCUUUAGAUAUCCGGGUUCUUGGAUCUUGGCAUUACUCAAAAGCUAACUUCAUUUAGAUGGGCUUUGCUUAAUCUUCAACUCUUAAAGUUACAAUUUUUCAGUUUUGGAAUCUUUGACUUGUUUAGGGGAAGUCAGAUUUAAGUUUGGGAAGAGACAAAAAAUGGCUCCAAGGUUCGGUUUUUCAGAUUUGUGGGCGAAAGAAACGAGGAAAGGUACACCGGUUGUGGUGACAAUGGAGAAUCCCAACUACUCCAUCGUUGAAGUAGAUGAGCCAGAAAGUGCUUUUAGACCAAUGGAGAGGACUAGAGGCAAGAACGCUAAGCAAGUGACUUGGGUUUUGCUUCUCCAAGCUCACAAAGCCGUUGGUUGUCUCACCUGGCUAGCCACAGCCUUCUGGUCUCUCCUUGGCUCGCUCAAGAGACGGCUAUGUUUCACUCACCGACUCGGCUCCGAGCGACUUGGCAGAGACAGAUGGCUUUUCACAGCCAUUAAGCUCUUCUUAGCUGCUUCCUUGUCUGUUCUUGGGUUUGAGUUAAUUGCUUACUACAAAGGAUGGCAUUACUUCAAGAAUAUACCGACAAGCAAACUUGAGAUCCAGAGCUUGUUUCAUCUGCUCUACGUUGGUUGGUUGAGCUUAAGAGCUGAUUAUAUCGCUCCUCCGGUCAAAGCCCUCUCCAAGUUGUGUAUUGUGCUGUUCCUUGUACAGUCCGUAGAUCGUUUGAUUCUUUGCUUAGGCUGUUUUUGGAUCAAGUACAAGAAGAUUAAGCCGAGAAUCGACGAAGAGCCUUUUGGAAAUGAUGAUGUUGAAGGGUCAGGAUCUGAGUAUCCAAUGGUUCUUGUUCAGAUACCAAUGUGCAAUGAGAGAGAGGUGUAUGAGCAGUCUAUAUCUGCAGUGUGUCAGCUUGACUGGCCAAAAGAUAGAAUGCUGAUUCAGGUUCUGGAUGAUUCGGAUGAUGGAAGCAUCCAGGAGUUGAUUAGAGCUGAGGUCACUAAAUGGAGCCAAAAGGGUGUCAAUAUAAUUUACAGGCAUCGCUUGGUUAGAACUGGAUACAAAGCUGGUAACCUCAAAUCUGCAAUGAGCUGUGAUUAUGUGGAAGCUUACGAGUUUGUUGCCAUUUUCGAUGCGGACUUUCAACCUAACUCAGAUUUCCUCAAGCUAACCGUUCCACAUUUCAAGGAGAAGCCAGAGUUAGGUCUGGUUCAGGCUAGGUGGGCGUUUGUGAACAAAGACGAGAACCUGUUGACUCGUCUCCAGAACAUCAAUCUGUGUUUUCAUUUCGAGGUUGAGCAGCAAGUUAAUGGUGUCUUCUUGAAUUUCUUUGGCUUCAAUGGAACCGCUGGAGUAUGGAGAAUCAAAGCCCUUGAGGAAUCUGGAGGUUGGCUUGAAAGAACAACCGUUGAGGAUAUGGACAUAGCUGUCCGAGCUCAUCUCCAUGGAUGGAAAUUCAUAUAUCUAAAUGAUGUCAAGGUUCUUUGUGAAGUUCCUGAGUCAUAUGAAGCAUACAAGAAGCAGCAACACCGAUGGCACUCAGGUCCUAUGCAGCUGUUUCGCUUGUGUCUUGGUGCAAUCUUGACCUCUAAGAUUGCAAUGUGGAAGAAAGCAAAUCUGAUACUUUUGUUCUUCCUUCUAAGGAAACUCAUACUUCCUUUCUACUCCUUCACAUUGUUCUGUGUGAUUCUUCCAAUCACCAUGUUCGUUCCAGAAGCCGAGCUUCCCGUUUGGGUUAUCUGCUAUGUACCAAUAUUCAUGUCGCUACUCAACGUUCUUCCUGCUCCAAAGUCUUUCCCUUUCAUCGUUCCUUACCUCUUGUUUGAGAACACAAUGUCAGUCACCAAGUUCAACGCCAUGGUAUCUGGACUGUUCCAGCUCGGCAGCUCUUACGAGUGGAUUGUGACAAAGAAAGCAGGAAGAUCAUCGGAGUCUGAUCUUUUGGGUCUCACUGAUAAAAGGAUGCCACCAAACCAAAUGCAAAGAGGAGCUUCAGAGAGUGAGCUCUUGGAGAUAAGCCAAGCUGAGGAGCAGAAGAAACAAACGGUUGCUGUGAAGAAAACUAAUAAGAUAUUCCAUAAAGAGCUCGCACUAGCUUUUCUUUUGCUGACCGCAGCAGUUAGGAGUCUGUUGGCCUCGCAAGGAGUGCAUUUCUACUUCCUGUUGUUCCAAGGUCUCACUUUUCUUCUUGUGGGACUUGAUCUCAUAGGUGAGCAGAUGAGUUGAGAAGCCAGAGAAGAUGAAGAAGCAGCUUCAGAUGAUGGUGACUGAAGAUGGAGUUAAACUCUGUGAGUUUCCUUCUCCUAUUUUCUAAUGCUGGAGCCAUAGUUUGUAGGAUAAUUAUUGAUUUUAAAUUUGGUUACAUCUCUCUCCAUUGUGAUUAAUCCUUGUUAGGUUAGAGUUGAAGCUACAUUUAAUACUCACCCCCAUAUCUAUAUAUGUAGUAUCAACAAACAGUCAGGAACAUGUUUCUUAAUGUCUUAUAUACAUUUUGCUGUUACAAAGACUUACAUCUAUCUUCCUUUUUCA